AUGGGAUCACCCAAAUAUUUGUCUAACGUUCAGAGGUCAAAUUUGACGUCAAAUCGAAAUCUCUGUGACUACAUAGGUAGUUAUGAACUUUUUAGUUCCACAAACACUUUGGCAGAAAAAACACCGGAGACCAGUUGGCAUCCACAACCAAGUACCUUUUGGUUAAACAAAGAAGGUGAAUCGUUUUCAAUGUCAGAGGAUUUGAAAUACCAUUCGCAUUUACUAGCCUGGGAUUGUCAGCAGGAAAUGUUAGCAAUUACGCUCAUACCACAUCAGUCAAAAGAAAAGCCAUAUGAAAGCCAAGGUACCCAAACCAAGUCUUCUGUGUAUAUAUUUCAACGGCAAUCACCACAAACGCAUUUCUAUGGAUAUGGAUGUACUGUUGUACAAACUGGUUCAAGAUCAUUGGCAGUACUUACCACAAUAUAUAAUAAACGUGUAAACAAAACAAAUACAAGCGCUUCAAAGAAUAUAUCGAUAAUAAACAAUACUACUGAGAAUAUAAAAGGGGAAGUGAAUAUGAUUAAAGAUGAAAAUUCCGAGAAUUGCCGCGGAUCUUUCAUAACCAAACCAAAACAACUAGGGAUUUGUAAAGAUAUAAAUCAGAAUUUUACUGGCUUCAUUAGUCAGGACAAUUGUUCGCUUUCUAAUUUCCCAUGUGAAUAUAAAUUGAUUGGAAUGUAUCAACAUAAUAUAUUUACAAUUGAACCAUAUAAAUUACAAGUUCGUGAUUUGGAGAACACAUCAACAUUUACAUUUACAUCUUUACAAGAGACUAUUACAUUAUUACAUAAUUCAGAAACUUUGCUCAUCAAUGAAUUAAAUAUUUCAUGGAUUUCAAUUAAUAAUUCUGGUAAUUCAAUAGCAUUCACAAUAGAAAUUUUAUACAAUGGAGAAUUAUGUAAAUUAUUAUGGUUAAAUUCUAUGGAUUCAUUAACAAAAAUGCAAUUAGAUAAAAUGAAUGACAAAGUUAUGGAAAGAACCAUAAAUGGAAUUAUGAAUAAAGAAGAGAAUUUAUUAAAAAAAUGGUUUCCGGAUCCAAAUAUUUAUAUUUAUCAUAUAGAUGAAGAUAAAUUGAAAUGUUUCAAUUUUUUUGAAACUAACAAAUUCUACUCAUGA